CAUAUUGUUGACAAACUGAAAGAACCCAAUAAGACUUCAUAGGAAUUAUAUCGAGCUGAUAAUGAAACGUUGGAUGUGUAUCUUAUAAACAGAUAUAUUAGAAUUUGUCUAAUUAGGACAACUUAAGUAGCACCAUUUGCAAGUAAACACUUCUGUCGACGGAGGAAACAGUCAAACAGCUUCACACAAAAAUUUGCAAUGGCGGAGAAAAGUCCAGCCACUGCUGGUCAGGUGAAGAUUGGCCACUACAUUCUUGGUGAAACACUAGGAACUGGUACAUUUGGAAAGGUGAAAAUUGCAACACAUUACAUCACAAGUCAUAAGGUUGCUGUGAAGAUUUUAAACAGAAACAAAAUAAAGAGUUUAGAUGUUGUGUCUAAGAUCAAAAGAGAAAUACAGAACCUCAAGCUGUUUAGACAUCCACACAUUAUUAAACUGUACCAGGUGAUAAGUACUCCUACGGACAUAUUCAUGGUGAUGGAAUAUGUGGGAGGAGGGGAAUUGUUUGAUUACAUUGUCAAACAUGGAAAAUUAAAAGAACCAGAAGCGAGAAGAUUUUUCCAGCAGAUUAUAUCAGGAGUAGAAUAUUGUCACAGACACAUGGUUGUACAUAGAGAUCUGAAACCAGAAAACUUAUUACUGGACGAUAAACUUAAUGUUAAAAUUGCUGAUUUUGGUUUGUCAAAUAUGAUGCAGGAUGGUGAAUUUUUACGGACAAGUUGUGGUUCACCUAAUUAUGCUGCUCCAGAAGUCAUAUCAGGAAAAUUAUAUGCUGGUCCUGAAGUAGAUAUUUGGAGUUGUGGUGUCAUCUUAUAUGCUCUGUUAUGUGGAACUUUGCCAUUUGAUGAUGAACAUGUUCCAACAUUGUUUAGAAAAAUCAAAUCUGGUAUAUUUGCUGUCCCUGACUAUCUGAACAAAGAGGUUGUGGGACUUCUGUGUAUUAUGCUACAAGUAGACCCACUUAAACGAGCAACAACAGCACAAAUCAGAGAGCAUGAUUGGUUUAAGAAAGAUCUACAAGAUUAUUUGUUCCCCUCACCACAUGAACAAGAUGCAUCAAUUGUAGAUAUGGAAGUUAUAUAUGAAGUGUGUCAUAAAUAUGAUGUAAGUGAAGAAGAAGUAGAAAGAGCGUUGUUGAAUGGAGAUCCAUAUGAUCAACUUAGUAUUGCAUACCAUCUCAUACUAGAUAAUAAAAGACGUCAAGAUACUUCAAUGGACAUAGAUGUCAAUGAUUUUUAUCUGGCAGCCAGUCCACCAACAGAUUCAUUGCUGUCUCGUUAUACACACUUGGUUGGUUCACCGCCAACACACGAACAAGCCACUAGUCCUCUAAGGCCACACCCAGAAAGAAUGCCAGAGUUGAAACAUACAUCCCAUACUUUAGAGCCUUUACUAGUGACAGCCAACAAAUCUCUGACACCACCUAAAAAGGCAAAGUGGCAUUUAGGUAUUAGAUCACAAAGCAAACCACAGGACAUUAUGCAUGAGGUAUACAGAGCCAUGAAGACAUUAAAUUAUGAAUGGAAGGUUAUAAACCAUUACCAUGUAAGAGUUCGGAGGAAGAACCCAGUAUCUGGUAGAUUUUCUAAAAUGAGUUUACAGCUUUAUCAGGUGGAUCAGAAGAGUUUCCUUCUUGAUUUCAAAAGUCUGAACUCUGUGGAAUUGAGGGAAUCAUCUGUACAUUCAUCAGAAUCUUCCCAGAGUUCCAUGGCACACAGUUUACCCGCUACACCAGCCUCAUUCUCAGAUCUAGUGAUAGUGAAGCCUUUUGUCUCGGCAGGGAAGGUGACUGAAAACAUACCUCGUCAUCGUAAAAUACUAUUUCGUAAUAUUGAACGUUUUCCUUGUUGUCGUUUACCAUAUACUCCGUUCAGUAUACUUCCAGAAGAAAAUAUGGAGGUUGAUGAUGAGCCAAUGAAAACACACCAGACAUUAGAAUUCUUUGAAAUGUGCGCUGAUCUCAUAACAACAUUAGCUCGAUAAGCAGUAUACAGAAAAUCAUCAAAAAUAAUUAUACUGUCUGAAGAAAAGGAAUGUGCAAGAAAUCAUUUAAGACUGCUUAAUGAAUGUAAACUUUAGUCAUAUUUUCUAUUGUUUAAAUGAAAACAUGUAUAUGCUAGGAGAUGAUCAUAAAGCUUCUGGUAGAUAAACCCUAGCUUUGUUACAUGUAAUAUUUCUUCAGAUAACCUUAACAAAACCAUAAAAACCCAACAUCAGAUGUUACAAAACACACUAUGUAUUAAACUUGUUGUAUAUUACUUUAUAUGAAAUGAAAUACACAAUGUAUGAAAUGUUGUUUGUAUUGCUUUUAGUUACUUCAAGAACACUAUGAAAUUGAUUCUGUAUUAUUGUUACAUAAGUUAAGUUCACAUUUUCUUUCUAUAAAUAUGUGUAUUAAAUUAUGAUACAGAAAGUACAC